AACUGUCAUUAAUGUCAUCGACGUCAACAGCAAGCUAUCGUUUGGAUUUCUGAUUUGCCGGAUAGUAAAUUAGAAUUUACAAAAAUGGAAGCAUUAUUUGCAUUACCAUUCACUGUUCUUGAAAUACCAAAUAUAAAGAUCAAAAAACCAUCAUGGCUUCAAGCACCUUCAGCCAUGACGACUUUCUCACUGGUACUUUUAUCGUACUUUUUGGUAACCGGAGGUAUAAUUUACGACGUGAUCGUAGAACCUCCUAGUGUUGGCUCAACUACCGACGAGCAUGGUCACAGCAGGCCCGUAGCUUUCAUGCCAAACAGAGUGAAUGGACAGUACAUCAUGGAAGGACUUGCAUCCAGCUUUCUGUUCUCUCUAGGAGGCCUUGGAUUCAUCAUUCUAGACCGCACUCACAAUCCAUCCACCCCCAAACUAAACCGAAUCCUCCUCAUCUCCGUAGCAUUCCUGUGUAUCCUUGUCUCUUUCUUCACAACCUGGAUCUUCAUGCGUAUGAAACUGCCAGGGUACUUGCAGAAUUAAUUCCAU